UCCCACCCGCUCGCCAGUAAACGGGGGCGGAGCUGCAGCUGCCGUGCUGCAGAGGUUCCUCAGAAAGGAAGGGCGCAUCGCCAGUUGCCCCUCUCCCCUGGCCCCCCAGAGAAACCCUGAGUCCUCGGGGUUCUUUGUGCUUGUCUUGUGUACCUGCCCCACGAUCAGGGGAGCCCGCGGCCAUGGAGCGCGCGUUCACGCCGCUGGACUGCCUCCUGCCCGCCGGAAGCCUGAAGUUUUGCCUUCUGAUUUUGAACCAGACUUUCAACAAAGGUCAUUUUCAUUGUCUGUGGAGCAAAGCUGCACUGAGAGCUUGUGCUGAUGGAGGUGCCAAUCAUCUCUAUCACAUCACAGAAGGAAAUCAAGACAGCUUCUUGCCUGAUUACAUCAGUGGUGAUUUUGAUUCCAUUAAGCCUGAAGUCAAGGAGUACUACAAGGUCAAGGGAUGUGAGAUAAUUGAGACCAUGGAUCAGGACCUCACAGAUUUCACCAAGUGCCUUCAGAUACUCCAGAAAAAAAUAGAGAAGAAUGAUCUCCAGGUAAAGAUUGAUGCAAUCGUGACUUUGGGUGGACUUGGAGGACGCUUUGACCAGACAAUGGCAUCAGUGGAAACACUUUUUCAUGCAAUAAAUAUCACUCCUUUUCCAGUGAUAGUUAUCCAGGAGUGCUCACUGAUUUACCUGCUUCAACCUGGCAAGCACAAGCUGCGUGUGGAUACAGGACUGGAAGGCUCCUGGUGUGGCCUCAUCCCUAUCGGAAACACGUGUGAGAGUGUGACCACGACGGGCCUCAAAUGGAACCUCACUAACCAGGUGCUGAAGUUUGGAACACUCGUCAGUACUUCCAACACCUAUGACAACUCUGGAAUUGUGACCAUUGAGACAGACAAACCUUUGCUGUGGACGAUGGCUAUCAAAAGAUAGGAUCAGCUACAUCUGUGCCUUUUCUGGUAUGACUCAAAUUACUGCACACUUCCACUGAAUUAAGACAGUAAAGCUGUUCUGGAAGAUAUAAGCAGGCAGUUAUUUUAAUGUACUGAAUGGAAAAUAAGUCUGAAAUAAGUCACCUGAGAUCAAGUCAGGAUUAGUAGCAAUAAUUGAGUACUUCAUUCUGGUUCUUCACACUACUUAAUCAGAAGACAGAAGCACCCACUUAAUAAAAUUACAAAGAGAAGUGAAUGUAAAUAAAAUCCUACUGAUUAUCUGGUUAAUUCAGACUAUCUUUUCAAAGUAUUUUAUUCCAAUACUGAACUAUUUUUCCUCUUUUUGCCAAAAGGAAAUACAGUAUGCAGUUGCACAUAAUUUAUUAAAAGGUGACAGCAUUAAGAGUAGUUAAUCCCAUUUUUCUGUCCUGGUUUGUAACAUAUGUAGAUGCUGGUGAGGACUUCUGAAGAGUACUAAUUGAACUUUCUAUGUAUGAGGCAAAUCUGUGUACUGCAGAAGCUUCAGUUUUGCAGCAAUAGCAACAUCAGAUUUUCCAGUACUAGGUGCUUUUAAAGCCUGUAAUAAAGUAUCUUUUUUUAACUUUUGCAAAUACCAAAUUUGCUUCCAAUAAGCUUUUUGGAGUGAAAUAUAAAUUUCACAGUCUCAGUCUGAGGAGGAAGAACAUUGCAUCUAAUACAGCUUUGCAGGCUUAUUUUUUAAAAUAAAAACCUUCAAUCACUUUAAAAGGGAAAGUUCCAGGCAAAAAAUG